GGAGUGCACCUUAGUUGUUUAUAUCCAAAGUCCCGUCCGAUUUCUGCCCGAUUUGUAUACAAAAUAUUACUAAGUGUUAUCGGUGCCCGUGAUUAGUACCUGUUAAUCCUUUAAUGCAGUUAAGGUGACGUCAUAUAAUCCGUAGUGCGAUAUAUUCGGUUGUGGACAGUUGCAGUUCUGUAGUCUACUCGAAUGUUGCUAGAAGCUGUUCUGCUGCAGUUGCUUGUGCUGGCGACCCGCGCCUCGCCUGUCAUAUUCGAGGAUUGCGGGUCGGCCUACGACUUGUUCAUCGUGAACAUCGCGGGCUGCGGCGCCGCCGUGCCCUGCUACGUCACCCUCGGCGAGCAGAUACCUGUCAACGUCAUGUUCUACGCCGACUUCGUGUCUCGUCAGCUGGACCAGGACGUCACCAUCAACAUCAACUACAUCCAUGCGCGGACGCCCGUCACACCCGAGCCGUGCGAGACUGUGAUGUGUCCGGUGCAGAGCGACGCCAUCACCUCCUUCACCAGCGUCAUGUCCGUGCCCACUGAUAUGGCCCUGAACCAGCGCGGCUACCUGCAGUGGCGGGUGUACAACGAGGCUGGUCGGCAGGUACUCUGCUACUCGGUGCUGGUCCAGACGCAGAACUAUCUGCAGAAGAUGAUGAGGCAGUACGUCUCUGAAGCCCAUCGGAAACAGCUUCACCGGUUGGGUUUCUACGGCCUAUGAUUUGUGACCAUGUUGAUGUUUGAAGUGUCUUUUUGUACCCUCAGAGAAAUUGU